UGACAUGCAAGAGAGAGAGAAACUUGGUUACAUUUCCUGCUGCUCACAAACUAUCCAAUUAGGUCAGCAAGCCUGUGAUGGCCCUGGCAACUCUGCCUUCGGCCCCAGCCAGCGUGCAAGACUGUUGUCCAGAUAUUCAGCAGAGUCUGUUUUGGUGGUCCAAUUACAGAAGACAGCGUUUUAGAAACUUCUUGACUGUUUAAAUCCCUUCACACGGAAGUCUUACCUUCUCAGACCACUGACCCUCGAGGACAGGCGGGCGGGCUCUGGAAGGGAUGCACAGCAAGACAGGCCACCUGAGCUCUGCAAGAGACAGCGCUGCAAGGAGCGGCUCGGCCACGCGACGGCACCGGAGGAAGAUACCGAGGUGUCGCUUUGCAGAACCGUGCAGGGCCACCGCGAUACCUGGAGACCAGCCCCAGGACUCACCAGGAGCAUUCAGUUUUACACUGCGGAGGGACGCAGAAUUCCGCCCAGCUGCCUGGCACGCACAGCCGCACUGCGCCCCCUUCCGGCUCGCGCGCGUCCCCGGUCGGUCCCUUUUCCCGCGGGCGGCUCGGCACAGCUUGCUCCAGAUGCGGCCAGCGGGCGCCCGUGCUUCCGCCCCUACGCCGCCAGUAUCCCCGCCGCGCGCUCCCGGGAGCGGAGGGGGCGGGGCAGCCGCGCAGCGCGCGUCACCCGGGAGCGCAGCCUGGACGUGCGCGUUGUGCAGUGCGUGGCGCGGGCCACGAGGGGGCGGGACUUGGCUGGCUGCCGGCGCUAAUUGGCUCUGCCGGCUACCGGACGCGGCACUGAUUGGACAAGUGCUUCCCGCCUAUGCCCGAGGCUCCGCGGCGCUAUCUGAGGGAGCGGACUCGACGCCAAGUGGACGGCGGAGGUGGUGGCUUCCCGACUGCUCUGGAGGGACCUUCUUUGGCUGCCGGGCGGAGCCGAGCGCCGGCGUCCGCGUGGGCUUUUACUUCACCGCGGGUGCAGGUGUGUGUUUUGUUGUGCUGUUUUUACAUGAAAUCAAAAUGCCGAUAAGACCAGAUCUCCAGCAGUUGGAAAAAUGCAUUGAUGAUGCAUUAAGAAAAAAUGAUUUCAAGCCCUUGAAAACACUUUUACAAAUUGAUAUUUGUGAAGAUGUGAAGAUUAGAUGCACCAAACAGUUUUUCCACAAGUUGGAUGACCUUAUAUGCAGGGAACUUAAUAAAAAGGAUAUUCAGACUAUUUCAGUCAUUUUGGUUUCUAUUGGAAGAUGUGGCAAAAAUAUCAACAUACUAGGACAACCUGGACUUCUAACAAUGAUAAAACAAGGACUAGUCCAAAAGAUGAUUGUCUGGUUUGAAAAAUCCAAGGAAAUUAUUUUGAGUCAAGGAAAUUCAAAAGAUGAAGCUGUUAUAAACGUGAUAGAAGACUUAUUUGAUCUUUUUAUGGUCAUACAUGACGUCAGUGAUGAAGGUAAAAGGCAAAUAGUGGACAGUUUCAUACCUCGAAUUUGUGCCUUGGUUAUCGAUUCAAGAGUGAAUAUUUCUUUUCAGCAGGAGAUUUUAAAAAAAAUGAAUGCCAUGCUUGACAAAAUGCCUCAAGAUGCCAGGAAAAUACUUUCUAACCAAGAAAUGUUAACUCUCAUGAGUAGUAUGGGAGAAAAGAUUUUAGAUGCUGGAGAUUAUGACUUGCAGGUGGGCAUUGUGGAAGCUUUAUGUAGAAUGACUACAGAAAAACAAAGACAGCAACUGGCAAGUCAGUGGUUCUCAAUGGAUUUUAUUGCUAAUGCAUUUAAAGAAAUUAAAGACUGUGAAUUUGAAACAGAUUGCAGGAUAUUUCUCAAUCUUGUGAAUGGCAUGCUUGGAGAUAAGAGAAGGGUUUUUACAUUUCCUUGUUUAUCAGCAUUUCUUGAUAAACAUGAGCUGCAAAUACCAUCAGAUGAGAACCUUGAAGACUUUUGGAUCGAUUUUAAUCUUGGGAGCCAGACUGUAUCAUUCUACAUUGCUGGAGAUGAUGAUCAUCAAUGGGAAGCAGUCACUGUGCCUGAUGAAAAAGUGCAAAUGUACAGUGUUGAAGUGCGACAAUCAAAGAAGCUAUUGACUAUAAUCCUGAAAAAUACAGUAAAAAUUGGUAAGAGAGAAGGGAAAGAACUGCUUUUGUAUUUUGACGCAUCACUAGAAAUCACCAGUGUGGUUGAAAAAAUUUUUGGUGCCAGUAAAUACAGGGAAUUUUCCAGAAAACAAGGUGUUUCAGUCGCCAAAACAUCUGUGCAUAUACUUUUUGAUGCAAGUGGAUCACAGAUUCUUGUGCCAGAAAGUCAAUUCUCAAAUGUUGAAGAAGAACUCACUAAUUUAAAAGAAAAAUCUAACACCCAAAAGGAAUUUGCUAACCCUUCAAAAUCUAUCAAUAACCAAAGGGACAGAAAAAAUUGUCAGCCAGAGAUAACUACUCCAAGCAAAAGAAAAAUGUCGGAAGCAUCAAUGAUUGUUCCUGGUGCAGAUAGAUACACCGUGAGAAGUCCAGUGCUUUUAGUCAACACAUCAACACCACGAAGAAGAAAAAUUAAGCCUCCACUACAAAUGAUGAGUCCUGCAGAAAAAGCUGAUAUUUAUAAAACAUCAGAAAAUGCAGUGAGUAACAAUGUAUCAUGUAAACCUAGACCAUUGGAAGAGAAAAAUAGAAGAGCUAAUACAGGCAAGCAUAUCAAAACUGCUAAAGUUAUAGAAAAGACACAAAAUAAGGACAUUGAAUUCCAGAAUCAAAAUUUAAGUAAGCUCCAGGAUUUUAGUUCUGAUAUACAAGGAGAGGGAGAAACAGAUAAGCCUGUAUUUUCUCAUGUUUUAGACAAUGACUGUGAAAACAAACUGCACUCCAAAUGGGCUUGUUGGACACCUGUGUCAACUAUUAAGCUGUGUAAUAACCAGAUAGCCAAUACUUCAUCAGGAGACACAUUUAAUCAAGAUAUUUGCAUCAAUAAAAACCAUACCAAACAACAGUCAUCCUCUUCAAUAUCAGAUCAUGAUUCUGAAGAAACAGGAAAAGGAAAAUAUAAGAAAGAAAUAGUAGAGCAUAGCAAAAUAGAUAAACCAGAAGUUGGCGAAGGAAACAGUCUACAACAAAAUCAUCCUAAAUGUUCAGUACGGACUGAAAAUACAGAACAGAGUGAUUGGCAUAUUGAAUCUGAAACUACUUUUAAGUCAGUUCUCUUAAAUAAGACUAUUGAAGAAUCUCUAAUCUAUAGGAAGAAGUACGUAUUAUCAAAAGAUGUGAAUGCUGCUAUUAGUAAUAAAAGCCCUUCUAGAAAAAAUAUGAGAAGUCAUAGAAAAUCAGAGAAAGAAAUGACUUCUGAGCCUGAUUCCUCGGGUUCAAAACAAAAAAUGAGAGAAAAAUCAAAGGGGAGGAUGUUUACUGAUGCAGCAGAAUCCUUGAUAAACCAAAUUAAUAAGAGAUACAAACCAAAAGAUGACACAAAGCCUACAAGAACAUUGAAGGAGUCUGUGAUUGACAGUGGUUUUUCAAACAAGUCUGACCAAGAGCACAGUAAGGGAAAAGUUCAGAAAAAAAGCUACAGAAAACUGAAGACUACUUUGGUUAAUGUUACUUCUGAAUGCCCAUUGAAUGAUGUUUACAAUUUUAAUUUGAAUGGAGCUGAUGAGCCUAUUAUAAAACUUGGAAUCCAAGAAUUUCAAGCAACAGCUAGAGAAACCUGCAUGGAUAAUCCAGUGAAACUGGCAGAUUUAAGGAAUCAUGAUAAACUUGAAUCUUCUUUCGAAACAAAAGAUAAAAGAAUUACAACAAAUAGGAAAAAGCAAAAUAUCUUUAGUGAUACCGACACAGAAUAUAAAUGUGAUGACAGCAAGACUGAUAUCAGCUGGCUAAGAGAACCAAAAUCAAAACCACAGCUAGCAGACUAUAGCAGAAAUAAAAAUGUGAAGAAACAUAAAAGUAGGAGAUCAAGACCAUCCUUGGAUAAGGGUCCAUCAAGAUCUAAAAUGGCACCCAAUCAAAAUAUCAUCAAAAAGGUAGAUGAGACAAUCCCAGAUGGCAGAACCAGACUCCCACGAAGAGCAACAAAAAUUAAAAAAAAUUAUAAAGAUCUGUCAAAUUCAGAAUCAGAGAGUGAACAAGAAUCUUCACAUUCAUUUAAAGAGAAGUUUGUAGAAAAGGAGGAGAAUAUCCAUUCCAGAAACAAAAACAUGAAACUGCCAAAGAAACAACAGAAAAUCAUCCUGGCUGAAACACAAAAAGAACUACCAAAAAACCAGAAAACUCCAUCUCUACUAAAAGAUCCUAUAAGAGAUAAUAACCUUGACUUAUCUCCUAUAUCUCUAGCUGGGAGUCCAUCAUCUAUAGAAAUAAUGAGAUGUGUGGACAAAAUAACAGAAAAUGAUUCUACUCAGGAUUAUGACUGUAUAACAAAAUCUCUCUCACCUUAUCCAAAAACUUUAUCACCUGGAUCUUUAAACAGUAACAACAGAGUUGGAAGUCCAGUAAACUCACCGAAAAAUAAUGGAAUAAACAUACUAUGUGCAAGUGUAAGUUGCUCACCAAUUCCACCAGCUCUCCUUUUGCCCAGUCAUACUCCAAGAAAAAAUAAAACUGGUGCAAAUAAACUAAAUAUAAAUUCUGUGAUAUUUACACAAGAAACACAAAAUUGUAACAGCUGUUCAGAUAUAAGCAGUUACAGUUCAGAAAAACAGUUUAUGGAAACUGAAUCUCCACAUAUCAGUGAAAAUCAUAUAAAAAGCAAAAGAGAGGAAAGCCAUUCGCUGUCUCCGUUAUCCAUGUCUAGUGAAGGGAGAGAGAAAAUGUGCUUUGGCAUGACUCAUGGCACUACUCAGAUAUCAGGUCUCACUCAGCGUCUUAGUUGCAAACGAAUGUAUAUAGAAGAUACUAUGAGUAAUUCCAAUGAAGUGGAAAUGGAAGAAAUGAGGAGCAUACACUUACUUCCCAAAAGGUUCUGUAAAGCUAAAGAUGUUGAUCAUCACACCCACAAAAUGUUUGAAAGUUUAUCUCCAUUAUCAACAAAUGAUUGCUUUAUUCCUGAGAACUGGAAAAAUCACCUUCCAGGUGUAGGCAUGAUUUGUGAGAAGCUUAAUUCUCAGUUUAAAAGGAAGAUUCAUGUCCGACGUAAAAUGACAGAUUAUUUUACUAAGCAGUCUUGGAAAACAGUUAAACAGCAUGUGAAAACAAUGAACCAUCAAAUUCAGGAGUACAGGAUUAAAAGACUUGAUAAAUUCCAGAUGAACAUCAUGGAAGAGCUAGAGAAUUUUGAAAAAGAUUCACAAUCUUUAGAAGAUUUGGAGAAGGAAUUUGUGGACUUUUGGGAGAAGAUAUAUCAGCAGUUCAGAGAAUAUCAGAGAAGUGAGGAGCAGAGGCUUCAUCUUCUGAAAACUUCAUUGUGCAAAAAUGUCUUCUAUAAAACUGAUUAUGAAGAAACUGUUUUUACAUCAGAGGUGGGUUCGAUGAAAGAAAACCUAAAAAUGCUGCAAGAAAGGCUUCUUAUGGAAAUGCAAGAAGAGGAACUUCUGAAUGUACACAGAGGACUGAUGUCAUUAUUCAUGGCUCACGAUAGAAAUGAUGAGUGAAAUCUAGUUGUGAUGCAUUUUUCUAAUUAUUUUUGUGUUGAAAUAAGGAAAUGGGUGUACUCGUACAAAAAGAAAAAUACAUUUUACCUAGGCAAGUACUCCUAAAUUUAGACAUGUCUUCUUACAGAUCAGAUAGAACCACUGUAACAACAUGACCACAAGCCCAAAAGGCUUUCACCUGCACAAUACUGUUUUUUCUUUCACAGAGAAAACAUUUUGGAAAACCAGGAAAUGGAGUGGCUUUAUUUUUAUUGUAAUACUUAUAUAAAAUUUAUUAAACUAGUUUUGCAAUUAAAGUUAAUCUAACAUACUUAAAAAUGUAUAUAACUUUGGAUGAAAUAUUAAAAUUUACUUAAUAGUUCAGAAUGUUUAAGUAAUAAAAAUGUAGCCACACUUAGAAUGGGGAGGAAGUUGCUGAUUUGAACUGUUUACCUGAUUGGCAUAUCAAUACUUUCAGCAUACUUUUGUAUGUAAAUCAUUCAGUUGUGGCCUCCAGUGUACUAGCAGAUACUAAAUGGCCUAACAUUCUUAGUGUAUUGCUUAAAGUAUUUUAAUUCAGUGUAGAUGUUUUACUCAUAAGCAAGCUGUUUGGCAAGUACAUUUUAAGCUCCUAGUUUUCAUUGUAAUAUUUUGCUGCAUUAUUCUAUCAAGUGGCUGUUUGAUUUGCUUUAACGAAGUUGAAAUAAAUGCUAUUUCACUUGA